CAAACUCCUAUUUCGUGGCAGGAGGGCGCCGUGAUGGCUGCAUCGAUUUCGACGGAGUCCUUUUGUGGACUGCUGCCAGGGUCGGACCCAAGCGGAAUCAUGAGGGACCUUGAUGAGAUUUGCAUUACAGUUGCCGAGUAUGACAAAGAGUACGUCGAUCAUAUCACCAAGGGGUUCAAGAGCGCAGAGAUGAACUCUACCCAAGGCUCGCCAACAACCUUCGUACAAUUGGGGCAGAAAAGGUCGCGGGGCAGGCGCAGCAGGGAGCAGCGGAGGGAGGAGAGGCACGGGGGUGACGAUGAAGAAGGCCAAGAAAUGAGAUUCUAUGGGCCAGAUCACCGCCGCUCACUGCCCGAGGGCGACCCCUCCACAGUAUCCCUCAAUCGCCUCGAGCAGCAACUCAAGUCAGCUUCAAAGCUGAAAUUCCCGGACUGGCUGUUGCUCAAGGCCCUUCACGUCGAAGAACAGAACAAACCAACCCCCACCAAUAUCUUUGGCGAGAAAGUCGGCACCUCGCUUGAAGAGGAGAGCCUUUUGCAUCUUCAAGGUGAACCUUGGUGGCCAGCUGUUGAGUCAAGCAGCAUUGAGCGUGCUGCAUGGAGAGAAAUGUGGCUGUGGAAGAAGGCCCAGCUUAAAGUUGACAGACGGACGACUAAUUUACUCAACAAGCCCUCAGCAAAUGGCGUGGACGACUCUGAUGACCUGGACGACAUUUUUGAGACCUACACCGAGCCCGCUGAACAUCACAGGUCGACUGCCCAGCGUGGCCAAGACAAAAGGCGCUCAGACCACGCAGCCGACAAGCAAACUGCAUUAGACCAUGGCCUGACUUCAAGUUCUGAACCUGGCAGUGCGGACGAGGGAGGCAGCAUGGCAUCCAGAAACUAUUCAGACGAGGACAUGGAGGACGAAGCUUCAACCAACAACGCAAUUGGCCAAGGCAACGACCUCGCUGCAGACCCAUCUUGGGAACCCUCUAGCCAGAAAAGCGGAACAGAUGAUGGAUCGACAAUGAGCAACGAUACUCGCACCCUGAGCGACAGCCCGCCAGAUGAAGUCUUAGUCAACACAGCGCUAGGCCUGCUGUUGGACGGAAUCACCGAAUCUCACCCCGAUGUUGAUGGCAAGUUCGAGUGGACAACUUUCCACAGACGAUUUGAGGUUUCGCAACUCAAAGACCGCGACAACGAGGAGAAACGCGAGAAGGUCAUGGCGGCAAAAGUGGAUGGCUGCCUCCAGACCAUUGAACCUGGGAAGGUCGAAGAACAUUCCGACGCUCUGUGCAUUCUCGAAGUGAAGCCGGUCCGCCGGGGGGCCAAGAGACUAUCUAUUGCGAUGCAGGAGGCUGCAGAAAUGGCAGCCUGGAUCUCGUCAGAACACGAGCUUGGGCUACUGCCAAGUUUCCGGUCUGACGCAGCAGGUAGUAUUAGACGGAGGCUUCUCAUCUCGCAGGAUCUAGACGAGAUCUGCAUCACCGUGGCGGAAUUCGACGAUGAAUACAUUGAGUACAUCUCAAAUAAGACACCCAAAGCCCUGCCCAACGGCCAACGGGGCCAGAAAAGACAGAGGGGCCAGCAGGCGACCCGGGAGCAAGGGGGGGACGAUGAGGCGAGUGAACAGGAACGGGAGGAGAAGCAGCAGAAGCUGGAGGAGGAUGAGAGCCGGGUUCGCGACAAUCAGCACGAUGAUGAGCCCGAACGUGACGAUGACGACAGUCACGACGAUGAGUACAAUCACGACGAUGACGAUGAGCAUUACGACGAUGAGCAUUACGACGAUGAGCAUCACGAGGACAGCGAAGCGACCGAUGAGUAUCAUGAGGAUAGCGAGGCGACAGAUGAGGGAACGAACGAAUACGCACAACACAAUAACGAGAGCGACAAUAACGAGAGCGACAAUAACGAGAGUGACAAUGACGAGAGUGACAAUGCCCUUGAAGAUAACGGGAACAAUGGGCUUGAACGCUCUGAAGCCACUGGCAAGGCCACUUCCAACGGCCAAGGAGAGAAUGAUGUCCCUAGGUCUCUCGACCGCAAGAGACGGGCACCAGGUUUCCUCACAAUGAGGCAAUUUGAGCCUAUUCGCAUCACUGAGGAGACUAUUGGAGACAUCAUGGUCCUGCUAUUGUCAGUCACGUUGUCACUCUGCCGCGAGCACGAACGCUACGUCGAAUCGAAGCACAUUGCACACUGA